AUGAAUGAAUUAUAAUUCCUUUAAUAUAGAUAUUAGUUGAGAAUAAGAGAAUAAAAAUCAGCAAAAGACUUAUGGCUUUCAACUUAUUGCUGCUUUUUGUAUAUGCUACUAAAAGCAUUCAAUAUUACUGUUAAGAUGGCUAUGAUGCAAAUUUAUGAUUUCAUUUAUUCAAACAAUUUUCCAUUAGAUCCUGAUCCAGGACUAGUAAGUUUUGGAAAUAUUUAGUACAAUCAAAUAUUAAUUUUCGUAGAUGGUUUUGUUACGAAAUGGCUGCUCCUUUUAGUUUACCUAUGAUUCCACUGCUUUUAUAAAAAGUAUAAUUCAGAUACAUAUUUUUCUUUUCAUCAUUUGGAUCUAUUUUAUUUAUAUUGCCCCUUUAAUUUGCAACAAUUUGUAAAGAUUCUGAUGAGUCAAUCUGCAAUAUAUAUGUUAUGUGGACAUUUACAAUAGUUUUUUCAUUUGUUUCAGGAUUUUGUAAGACCUUACUACUUUUUUCAAUGCUCUAUUAUUUAUCUAAUUUAGCUGGUGGUCGAGAGAAGAUUAUUUACUAUAGUUCAUUCUAUUUUAUGUAUGUAUAUAGAUUUUAUAUAAUGUAAAAAUAGACAUCAAUUUUAAUGGUUGAUUGGUAGUUUGAUAGGGAAUUUGCUAGUUGAUUUUUGUAGUAGAGGAUCAUUAUUAGAAACAUUAAAACAUGUUUAUAUUAUAUUGAUAAUCAGUUCUUUGUUUUUAUGUUCGUUAUUUUUAACAAUUCCAGAUGAAAAAAAGAAAUCGAAGUUUAAAAAGUUUAACAAAAUGAUAACAUAAUUACUUAUUUAAAAUGGGAAAGAGAAUCAAAAGAUAUUAAGAUUAGAAUUAUAAAAAAUGAAUUAGAAAAACGAAUCUAAUUAAUUAUAUAAUAAAUUAAUUGAUUUAGAAGAAGAUAAUGAUGAAAGAAAGAAGAUUUAAUAAAUUAUGGAUACAUAAGUAUAAAUGAUGUAAACUCAGUAAUUCUUUACAAUUUAAAGUUUUUCAUAUGAGGAACAUAAUUUAUAAGAUAUAUUGUCAGAAAAACCAAAAUCAUCAGAUGAUUUACAUUGGGUAUAUGCUAGUUAGAAAACUAUAUCAAUAGAGGAAUAUGUAAAAAAUAAUUAUUUUGGAAAUUUAUAUUUAACUUUAUCUGUACUAUGUUUAGAUGGAUUUUAUUAUUUUAUUAUUUUGAUUUUUAAUGUUGGAAGUAUGUUGUCAUUUUUAUUGUUGUAAUUACCUAAUCUAUUAACUAUAAAUUCAGUAUAGGAUCCAGAAGUCAGAGCUGCAACAGUCUAUGAAGGAUUUUUGUAUGUUGGAAUAGGAUAGAUAUUUGGAUGUUUUUAUAUGGGAUUAUUUGGAGAUUUCUCACAAAAAAUAACGUAAUAUAUUGUAUUAUAUAUUAAGUGGAUUAUAUUAUAUUCUUGGAGUAUAUUAAUUGGGUUGUUUUUUAGCAUGGGGAAUCUAUAUUUAUUAAAUAGACUUUUUAGUAUUUGUAAUGUCAUUCAUCUUAGGAUUCAGUUGUUCAGCUAUGAUGUCAACUACUAUAUCAUUUUAGAUAGUUUAUUUUCACAAAGUAUAAAUUAUAAUUUCAAUAUAGUUUAUCUACUCAGUAGAUUUGA